ACCUACGCCGAGAGGGCAUCACCGGCCGAGAGAGAAAAAGCCGAAACCGACAAGAAGAAUGAGCAACUCAGACUGAGUCACCUACGCCGAGAGGGCAUCACCGGCCGAGAGAGAGAAAAAGCCGAAACCGACAAGAAGAAUGAGCAACUCAGACUGAAGAACGAUAGGCUCAAGGCUAACAACGACAACUUGACCAUCGCCAACCACACUCUUCACCAUAAUCUUGUGGCCAUGAACACAAACGUGGGGCAUUCGGCAACAUGCGCGUCUGAGGGAGAAGACCAACUUUCCGAGCUUAAUAUGUACACCGAUCGAUUCCAAGAGCAACAAAAGAGGGAUGAAGCGGAAGUCGCAGAACUCAAAGCGUCUAGAAGAUCUUUAAGAGCAUCACCAGAGGCUGGCUCUUUCAUAGCCUUGGCGCUUCGAGAUGUCACCGAUGCGCUUAGAAGUGACAAAGCUGAGGUCGAAAAGAAGAACCAGGAGCUCAGGUUGAUUCAUCUACCAGCUGAGAUCGGAAAGAAGAACCAGGAGCUCAGACUGAUUCAUCUGCGCCGAGAGGGCAUCGCCAGCCAGUUCAAUCAAGAGAACGAUAGGCUUCAGGCUCACAACGACAAAGCCGAGCUCGAAAAGAAGAACCAGGAGCUCAGACUGAUUCAUCUGCGCCGAGAGGGCAUCGCUAGCCAGCUCAACGGUCAACCAAGACUCAAGAGAACGAUAGGCUUCAGGCUCACAACGACAACU